ACGAGUCAACGCUACAUGCGCUACUCACGCCAUGUGAUUUGAAUGUGUGUUGUGUUGAUGUGUUCCAUUAAACACCCACACCUUCUCAUAUUUUACUACAACUUGUUUCAAAUUUCAAAAUAAUCCAAAAUCGCAACGACCAAAUAUCUAAAUAUUUUUUUUCUCCAUAUAUAAAUAGGUCGCAACUUUACACGAGCGCAAGAGUUAAGAACAACAAAGCGUGCUUUGUGACAGAGAAAAGAGUAGUGCAUACUCAGAUCGCACAGCAAAGAGAGAACACAGUUUGAGGUUGUUAAGGUUAUUUGUGACGGUUGAGACUUUAGCAGAUACAAGGUUGCGGUUUGUCGGAUCAUAACAAAGCUAUGGAGUGGCCUGCUUGUACGGAUGAAUAUGAGAAGCUCUUAAUAAGGAUGAGCACACCAAGGGUUGUUAUUGACAAUGCCGUGUGCUCUACUGCUACUAUAGUCAAGGUUAUUAGUGCAAGAAGACAUGGUAGUUUACUUGAUGCAAUUCAAAUUCUCAUUGAUCUGAACCUUGUAAUUAAGAAAGCUUAUAUAUCCUCGGAUGGAAAAUGGUUUAUGGAUGUUUUCCACGUCGUUGAUCGAAACGGAAACAAGCUAAUCGACGAGAGCGUUUUAAAAUACAUAGAACAGUCGCUUGGGAGUGUUCACAAUGUGAGGACUAGUUGCUCGAACGGUCUCACUGCGCUUGAAUUAUCGGGAACCGAUAGAGUUGGUCUUCUAUCGGAGGUUUUUGCGGUACUUGCUGAUCUUCAAUGUGAUGUUGUUGAAGCUAAGGUUUGGACUCACAAUGGCCGCAUUGCUUCUUUGAUCUAUGUUAAAGACUGCGAUUCCGGAGCCACUAUUGAUGAUUCUCAAAAGAUUAAAAAGAUUGAAGUUCGUUUAAGAAACGUUUUGAAGGGAGACAAUGACAUUAGAACUGCUAAAACUUCUGUCUCUAUGUCUGUCAUGCAUAGUGAAAGAAGAUUGCAUCAAAUGAUGUUCGCUGAUCGUGACUACGAGAGGACUCCGAUUCUGAAGCUCAUUUCCAAUGAUACUGUAGUAACUGUCCAGAACUGGGCGGAAAGGGGUUAUUCAGUUGUGAAUGUUCAGUGCAAGGAUCGAAUCAAACUACUAUUUGAUGUCGUAUGCAAUUUGACAGACAUGGAGUAUGUCGUGUUUCACGCAACCAUCAACACGAAUAGUAACCAAGCUUACUUGGAGUUUUACAUACGACACAACGACGGCACACCAAUUAGUUCAGAACCAGAGCGACAACGCGUAAUUCAAUGUUUAAAAGCUUCUGUGGAGAGAAGGGCAUCUGAGGGUGUUCAACUAGAGUUAUGCACAGAAGACAAAAAAGGACUUCUAGCAGAAGUGAUGAGAACCUUCAGAGAAAAUGGACUUAAUGUUACAAGAGCUGAAAUAUCCACCAUAGGAAAAAUGGCUACAAAUGUUUUCUAUGUAACAGACGUGAUUGGAAACCAAGCCGAUCCAAAAGUCAUAGAGUCUGUUAGGCAGAAAAUUGGGUCAAGCAAUUUAGAAGUGAAGGAGUUACCAUUGAUAUAUCAUGAGAAGGCAGAAAGAGAGGAUCAAUCAGGUGGAAUUGGUGGUGCAGUGCUGUGGUCUAUUGGGAGUCUUGUGAGAAAAAAUCUGUAUAGUUUAGGAUUAAUUAAAUCAUGUUCUUAAAACAGAUGUUUGUGUAAUAUAAUAUUGUUUGCUUAAUGUUAGCUUUGUGUAUAUAAAAAGUGAAGAAUGAUGGAAAUUGGUGAUAGUUAGUAGUUUUCUAGUUGGUUGUGAGAUGAAGGUUGGACAACACAAUUGGAUUAUUGGUUGCUGAUAGAAAAAAUUUAGGUAGAAAGUUGGACAGAAUGUUCAUUUAGUACUAGUGUCAUGUGUACAUAUGUGUAUAUAUAUAUACUUAUUUUUGGUUGUGUUAAUAUAUCAAAUUUAGUGGUUGACUUGACUCCAAUUUUAUAUUGAGGCCUCUCUUCCUUGCACCUUCCUUCUAGGCUCUAAGUUUUAUAAUUACAUCAUUGAAAGGUUAUAUACUAUUUAGUUUUGUCUAUUAUAAGCUAUGUAGCUUUUGUCGAAUUUGUGUGGAAAAGUUUUUAAAAUUUGGAGCAGUUGUAAUUUACUCUAAUGUUCUACGUGCAAUACACUAUUAAUUUGUUAUCUAAAUUAUUACACUAUCUUAAAUUUCAGAGCAACAUUUGAAAUGCGAUUAUGUUCAAUACAGAUUUGAUGAAUUGUGAUAUGUUGAUCUCUAGAGCCAUUUUCAAUCUUCAUCUACUCCAUUAAUGCGAUUAUGUUGAUCUCUAGAGCCAUCUUCAAUCUUCAUCUACUCCAUAAAUUACAUAAACAUAUUUCUCUCGUCUCUAAAUUUGGUUAGGUAUUUGACAGGUGCAGUGCAGUCAAAUUAAUGCAAAAUUCAGCUGCACAACAAAAUGCAAUUUGCAUACAGAAGAAGAAAUAUGAAUAAUAAUCAUAAAAUGGAGUAAGUGAUGGAACACAAAAUAAGCGUCACGUCAUAUUAGAGUCCCACAUCGAAUGACUCAGUGAUAUGGGAAAAUAUGAUUGCUAUAAAAACAGAAGAUUAUGCUGAUAAAAAUCAAUGAUUCUUCAGGCAGAAACGGGAUGUGAUGAGUGGUCGAGUCUCGCUUAAGAUAUGCGAGUUGGGUGUCUGCCCCAAGCCUGGUUACGACAAUUGGGCACUCUCAUUUGAUCAAUCUGAUCCCUAUAA